AUGCUCUCGCAUCCGCUACCACUUCUCGAUGAGCCGGGCGUACCUUCUAAAUAUCCAGCAACAAAUCCAACUCCACAUUACGCCAAGGCACAUACUCGUGCUUGGUCAAUCGAAAUUCUCAAACAUAGUGCUUUCAUCUUCGUCAUUCCUCAGUACAACUGGGGCUAUCCGGCGGUGAUCAAGAAUGCUAUGGACUAUCUCUAUUAUGAGUGGGCUGGAAAACGGGUGUUUGUCGUGAGUUAUGGAGGACAAGAUGGAGGCAAGGCUGUAGCGCAGCUCAUUCAACGUCUUCCGACACUACAGUAA